AUGGCCGACCCGGGUAUGUUCUCGGUGCGCCGUCAGACUUUGGGCCCCGUCAACAACAACGUCUCCGCCAUUCCCAUGCCAGCCUCCGCCAUGAAGCGCACCAGCUCAGUACACAAUAUGCAACAAAAUCAGUUCCCGCCCAACCUUGCGCGGUCGCAGAGCGGAAGUAGAAUGUCCCUCGCUCCUGGCCGUCCCAGCCAGCCAAUCUUUCAGCGCUCCUCGUCCGGCACAAACCUCGCCGAAGGCUUUCCAUCGGGACACCGCAACUCGACCAGCAACUUUGGAGCAGGCAGUGCGCGCAAAAGCUUCGCGCCCGGUGCCUCCAUCUUCCAAACACCUGCGCCCUCGUCCUCGGCCCCGACGUUUGAACAGAGCGCCCAGCGGAGAAGCAGCGUAUUCAAGUCACGGACAUCACACGCGCCCGGGCAAUCAGGCAUCAAGCAAUCCUUCUUCCAGACGGCACCGCUGCCGUCGGUUCCUCCGGCGGACCCCCGACGACUCAAGGACCCAAACACGCGCUCGCACAUGGCACAGGAGCUAAUGGAGUAUCUGACACACAACAAUUUCGAGAUGGAGUCCAAGCACGUCCUCUCCAACAAGGCCAUGACUUCGCCCACCCAAAAGGACUUCAACUCCAUGUUCCAAUGGCUAUACAACCGCAUCGAUCCCAGCUACCGCUUCCAGAAGUCGAUUGAUCAAGAGGUGCCUGCGCUGCUCAAGCAGAUGCGCUACCCAUUUGAAAAGUCCAUCAUGAAGUCGCAAAUUGCCGCUGUUGGCGGUAACAACUGGUACACCUUUCUCGGUCUGCUCCACUGGAUGAUGCAGCUUGCGCGCCUGAUGCAGGCGUUUGACGCGGGAACAUACGACGAUGCGUGCUUUGAGGCGGGCUUCGACGUCUCCGGCGACCGCAUCAUCUUCGACUUCUUGUCCGACGCGUACAGCACCUGGCUAUCAGCCGACGACGAUGACGACGACGAGGAAGCGCAGCAGAAGCACAUGGAACCUCACAUUAGAGCCAUGGCCGCCAAAUUCGAUGCCGCAAACGCUCAACACCUCGAACAAGUCAACCUUUUGGAGGCUGAGCACAAGUACCUGCAGGAUCAAAUCGAAGAGCUUGGAAAGUCUGGCCCAAGGAUACAAAAGCUCGAGGAGCAGAUUCGCAUUCUGGAAGAGGACCGCGUCAAGUUUGAGAACUACAACAACUCCAUGGAGUCCAAGGUCAAGAAGUACACUGACCGCUGCUCAUUCUUGGAGAAGUCGAUUGAGGAGAUUGAGGCCGAGCUCGAGGCUUCGGAGAAAGAGCAGCAAGAGCUUCAAGCCAUUAUUGACGGCCGGGGCAUGACCAUUGCAGAUAUCGACCGCAUGGCAAACGAGAGGGACCGUCUCGACUCUUCUCUCCAGGCAACCUCAGCACGCCUGGAGGAGUCCAAGAAGCGCGUUGCCGAGAAGGAGAUUGCAGCCUCACGGAAGCUUGACGAGCUCGAACAAACGAUUGAGCGCUUCAACAAUCUCGGCUACCAGAUUGGCGUCAUACCAUCCACAGCUGUCAAUGCAAAGGGGCAAGAAUACGAACUGGUCCUCACCAUAACCGAUGCGCCCAACUUUUCAGGCUCCCAAAUGGGCGGCUCAUCCCAAGACGCCUCAGACCGACUCCUUCACGACUCUGGAACAGGGUACUCUCCUGCUCACCUCCUGAACCUCGAUCUCCGUGGCACGGUAAAAGCCAACAUUCUCUCCCUGCGCAAGGAAAUUGCAGAGCGCCGCAACCAAGCGCUAGAGGCAGACAUGAACAACCACGACCUCCUCGACAAGAUCAAGGAAGCCAUGGACGACAAGCAAGCCGAGGUCGAAGCCCUAGGCCACCGAGUCGCCCAAGCCGAAGAGGAGUUGGAAAAGCUCCGCGAGAUUACCAACACACAAAAGAGCCAGUCUGAUGCGCAAAUCGAGCGCAUGGAGAAGGAACUAGGCCGUAUGCGCAGCGGACUCGGAGAAUCUGUGCAACUCAUGGUUCAGCGCGAGAUGGCCGUGAAUAUUGAAUACGAACAGCUGCAACUCCGCGCAAACGCACUCCGCGAAGAACUCCACACGGAAAUCGAACGUAUGCUCGAUGACAUUGUCCGCUUCAAGCUGCAUGUCCAAAAGUCGCUCGAGGAGUACGAGCAGUUUAUUGCCGAUGAGGUCGAGCGCAGCUGCGAGGAGCAGGAUAUGCUCGCUGCUGAGGACGAGGACGAGGAGAUGGACGACGAUGCUCACGACUAGGACUAAACAUGCUUAUGACUUGGAAGCGUGUUCUUGUCUGUGUCUUGUUGUCUUGUUAUUGUUCUUUUGUCCAGGCGUCUGACGGAGCAAGUGUGUGUGUCAUGCGGUACAUGUGCCAACGAUUGGGUUUCACGACGUUCAUGAUUGGUGUUUUGGGUUCUUCUCCAUGUUGGAUGCAUGUGGGCCAUGUCAGGCCAUUUUGGAGCUUACUGUCUUGGGUUGUACCUUUUUC